AUGGCUCGUAUCGUGAAGCCGAAGGGCUCCGUUUGGAACCCCCGAACUGUAACCGCGCCUAUCGCAGCAGUAGUUAUGGCCGGUCUCCUCUACACCUACGCAGUUACCUCUAUACGAGCCGCAAAGCGGAACGCGAAACUCCACCGAGAAGCCGACGGCGGGCAACUUGACAUGAGACGUGAAAGCUUGCGCAGACACGGUUUAAUGGAUCCCGUGCAAGGGACCUCAGGCUAUGAGCUCUUCAGAGAUGCCAGAGCCGAUGCUAAACAAGAGUCGAAAUAUCUCACAGAGAAAAAAGCGAAGCCAUUGGGCGCAGACCAAAAGGAAGAGACUGGCACUCCGCGGACCGAGAACGAAAGUGUGCUCGAAGGCUAUCGAGGCUCAGGAGCCCUCCAAAAAUUGAAGGAGGCUCAACCACGAGAAUGA